AGCGGGUGUGUAUCUGUGCCAAGGAUUGCCUUGUCAUUGUAUUGAGAGAGAAACGCGUGGUCAGCGGCGCUACCGACAGCUCCCCUGCAGCCUCACUGGUACAUGUUGGUGUGUCAAGUCAGGAUCUGAACCAGUCAUGGAUUUAGAAAAUAGUGGUGAGGUUUUGGAUGUGUCAGAGCCUCCACAGCAAGAGGAGAGUGUCAUGGAAAAAGAGGUUUUGUCCAAAUUGGAGACACCAGAGGAACCCACAGAGCCUGAGAAGCCACCAGCUGCUGAUGGAGAGACCGAGCAGCUGCCUGUGAACGGCCAUGAUGCUGAGGUCAUAAACUUGACCGAAACAGAGGAGCUGAACGUGACAGAAACUGUUACACUGUCCGAGGAGAGAACUGAAAUGGAAAUGGAGGAUAGCCCGCCCAUAGAACCAUCUGACAUGGAGUCGGAGCCUGUUGCGGUGGCUCCACCAGAACCAGAUGAGUCAUCUGAAAAGAUCUCUGACCCAGAAGCAGAAAACACCCAACCUCAAGAGCAGCCGGAGCCAGAGAAUGACCCAUUGCCUGUGCAAGCACCUCUGGCAGACAAGCUCCCUGAACCAGAGCCAGAGAAACCAUCAGAAUCAGUCCCUGAAGCUGAACAGCAAGAGCAAAUGCCACCUGAACCAGAAGCAGUACAGCUGAUGAAUACAGAACCACUUAUCCAAGAAGAGAAAGUGUCAGAGCUAGUGGACACUGAAACACAACAGCAGACUCCAAUGGAUAUUGAGGCAGAAGCAGCAGAGCCUUUAAAAGUGGUGAAAGAAGAAAAACCUGCAGAAAUUGAGAAUUUAGUGGAGAAUUUGAAGACGUUGGUAGUUCGGGAAGAAGUGGAGCAAAUAUCAGAUUUGGUGGCCGGUGCUUCCCCAGAAAAGCCAGCAGAAACUGAGAAAAUGGUGGAAACUGUGUUGGUUGCUGACGUUUCCCCAGAAAAGCCAGCAGAAACUGAGAAAAUGGUGGAAACUGUGGUGGUUGCUGACGUUUCCCCAGAAAAGUCUGCAGAAACAGAGAAAUUGGUGGAGACUGUGUUGGCGACAGAAGUCCAGACUGAAUUGGUGCCUAACAAGUCCCCAGAAAAGCCAGCAGAAACAGAGAAAGUAGCCGAGACUGUGCCAUUGGCCAGUGUUUCCCCAGAGAAUCCAGCAGAACCUGUGACACUAAAAGAGGAGUCAGUGGCUGAAAAUGAAAUUGUGAAACCUGCGGAGGAGGAGAAGAAGGAAAUGGAACAAGAAAAAUCAAUUGUGUCUGACACUCUUAAGGGAGUUGAGGCUGCAGCAGGGGGUGAAGGUGAUAAGUCUGAGACGAAAGCUGUCGAAGCUGAAAAAGAGGAGGAAACGGUUCCUGCAUCAGGUUCACUGUCCUUUGCGCUUCUGGAACAAGAGCAGACCAAAGAUGCCCUGCGAAUCUCUCGUACCCUUGUUGUCCUCAGAGGCCUUCCAGGAAGUGGUAAAAGCUUCCUGGCGCGCGCCAUAGCUGAUGCCUACAAAGACCACUGCUCUGUCCUCUGUGCUGACGAACACGGCGUGAAGCCAGAGAGCCCAGAAGCAUCUGCUGAUGGAUACAAGGCUCUGGAUGAUGCUGUGGUAGCCUGCUGUGGUGCAGCAGCAUCCUCUGUGCUGGUGGUGGUGGAUGACACCAACCACACCCAGGACCGGCUGGCCCACCUUGGGGAGAUCGCAGAGCAGCACCAUCUUGUGGCGGUUUUCUUGGAGCCGCGUACUGAAUGGAGCAGAGAUCCAGCACAGCUGACCAAGAAGACCAGGCGUGGACUGGAGGCGGCUCAGCUGGAAGCCAUGAAAGGUCCACUUUCUGAAAUGUCCAUCCCUCUUUACUUUGGCUGGUUCCUUCUUUCCUCCGUCCAGGAGAAGGUUCGGUGCACAUCCAUGGACUUCCUGAAAACCCUGGACACCUUGGAGACCUUUAAGAAGCACUUACCUGACUUCACUGGAAAAGCUGAGAAGGAGGUGGAUUUGGAGCAGUACUUUCAAGCCAAAGGAGCCCUCCAUUGCACUACAAAAUUCUGUAACUAUGGCAAAGCAGAGGGAGCCAAAGAGUAUGCAGAUAAUCAAGCAGUUAAAGAUCUCUAUGGGACAGUGUCCGAGCUCUCCCUGAGUGCUCUUUUUGUCACCCCGCGCACUGUUGGUGCCAGAGUGUCCCUCACCGAGGAGCAGCUCAUGCUUUGGCCAGCUGAUGCUGAGAAGGAGGCAGAUGUACCCGCAGCUGCCUCCCUCCCCCGAGGCAGCCGCGCCCAUGUCACCCUGGGCUGUGCGGAGGGCGUGGAGCCGGUUCAGACGGGUCUGGAUCUGCUGGAAAUCCUGGCCCUGCAGCAGGAAGGCCAGCAGGGGGAGCUGGUGGAGGAGAUGGAGCUUGGCUCGCUGACCUACUACGGCAGUGGAAGGUGGCUGCUCAGUCUGAGGGAGCCAAUCUGUGCCCCGGCAUGCUUCUCCAGCUACUACGGGCGCAAGGAGUCAGAGCCAGCCAAAAAGGAGCCCGAGAGGAGGAGGAACAAGAAGUGCACCAUACUGUAGAUGGCAGACAUGGGGGUGUGUGGUUGGGAUGACUGGUGGGUUAAAAGUUCAGUUUACUCUGUGAACGGUUGUGUGAUUCUGCAGCCCAAAGGGUUUCAGCUGUAGCCGCCCUAAAUCCACGAGCUGUGUGCCUUUAUUAUUGAUUUGCACCACAACCCAAGAUGCCUUCAAUCAGUUAGGCUUGCUGUUAGUGUUCAGUAUCUUGUUUCACAUAUCGGUGCCGCUAUUGCACUACCUGGUUAUUUACUUAAGCGUUGUUAGCUGCAGUUUAGUCAAAGGUACAUCCUCCUCCUACAGCUCCACACUUAUCUAAUCUUACAUUUACUCUUCUAUAUGUGUCAGUGUUUCUCAGUAUACAGGUUAAAUACUAGGUACUUCCGUUGCAUGCAUUACAGGUAAAUGGUAUCAACAUUCACUCAUUUUUGACCUGCUUAAAGCUUAUCUGCCGCUUCAACACUGUGUCUGGUGUCCUUGUUGUCAUUUCCAUUUCAGUAUGUUUACGCAGCCUAGACAUAAAAAGCAUAUGGGCCAAAGUAAUCUAUUUGUUUAAGUGUAUUAGAAUGAAUGUCAUUAAUAGAGGUCCUCAAUUUAAAAUCUUUGCACUCUGUAUUGUUUGAAUGAAGAGUUCUGUUGAAUUUGGGAUUUGUUUCAACGCUUGCACUUCGUACUUAUCAAAUGCUGUGAAUCCAAGUUGAUGUUUUGCAAUCUUUUCUACUGCGCAAGACUGCAUCACUUAUCCCUUUUAUCCUCUUUGAGCAGCACUUCAUGUUUUGCAUUUCUCUUUAUAUCCUCUGUAAUUUUUGAAGGACAAGUCCUCCUUUGUGUAGCUCUUAUGAAUCACUAUUUUUGCACUUGUUUUGUACACUUAAUAAAAAAGAACAUGCUUUGCUCCAGGAA